CGCGGAAGUCCAGCAGGACGGAGUAUGCAGAGAGGAGCUGUUUGAAGACUCUGCCCUCAAGCAUCGAUACUGUUUGUAGCUACAUUAGCUCAGUUAUCAUGUUAGUUGACCAGCUUGAUACAACCUCUGGACGCGAAAAGAAGCACUGAGGACCUGAUAAGUCUGUUAACAACGGACUAACAGUGGAGCCGGUCAACACAGGGAUAUUUUGGAUGGAUGAUAACAGUGGAGAUGUGUAAUAAGCGACGUUGGACACUGGGGACCUACCUGGCUGCCAGUCUAUCAACUGACAGCUGUCACCAUACCUAGCUGCUUAGCUAGCUGGCUAGGUGAGCUAGCGGCUAACAAGUGUUUUUUUCUUUUUUCUUUUUUUCCCCAAGCUUGUAGACUGGCUACUUUUAAAACCAAUGCUGCUCUCGGUUCAGACCGGAAAGCAGUGAGUUCUGGAUGGACAGUACAUCUUAUUGUUUUUCCGACAAUAUCUGACUCCGCCUGCUGUUCAAAUAAUGAGCUAACUUGGAGCGUCGGCCAGCGAGGUUUGGGAUAUUUUGGAGUCCAGCUAGUUAGCUAGCAUUAGCAUAGGGUUAGCUAGCUGCAUUCAUUCAAUUACUUAAAACCGCUUUGCGCUAGAAGAACUGCAACUGAGCUGUUUACGGCUCUAAAAGUCGAUACGAAACUAAUAGAAUCGAGAAGUGAUCGUUCUUAGGAUAACAUUGUGGGGAAAUGAAGAAAUUUUUUGAUUCUCGUCGGGAGCUGGGGAGCUCCGGGCCUGGUUCGGGAGCCGGUGGAGGAGGCGCUGGUUCCGGCGGCGGUGGCAGCUUCAUCGGACGAGUCUUCACCAUAGGACGGUAUCAAGUAACCGUCGAGGAAAUUGUUGCAGAAGGAGGUUUUGCCAUUGUUUUUUUGGUGCGGACUCAUCAAGGGGUCCGUUGUGCUCUAAAAAGGAUGUAUGUCAACAAUGAACAUGAUCUGCAGGUCUGCAAGCUUGAAAUCCAGAUAAUGAGGGACCUAGUGGGCAACAAAAACAUAGUUGGUUUCCUGGACUCAAGCAUAACAGCAGUUGGUGCUGGUGAUGUGUGGGAGGUCUUAAUCUUAAUGGACUUCUGUCGAGGGGGACAGGUAGUUAAUUUAAUGAACCAGCGGCUACAGACAGGUUUCACUGAGGCUGAGGUGUUACAAAUAUUCUGCGACACAUGUGAGGCUGUUGCUCGUCUUCACCAAUGCAAAACUCCAAUCAUUCAUCGAGACCUCAAGGUGGAAAAUAUUCUUCUACAUGACCGGGGACACUAUGUGCUCUGUGACUUUGGAAGUGCCACCAAUCGCUUCCAAAACCCCCAAACAGAAGGAGUACCGGCUGUGGAGGAGGAAAUCAAAAAGUACACUACUCUGUCAUAUCGUGCCCCAGAGAUGGUCAACCUUUAUGGUGGAAAGGUCAUCACAACAAAAGCAGACAUUUGGGCCAUGGGUUGUUUACUCUAUAAACUGUGCUACUUCACGCUUCCUUUCGGGGAGAGCCAAGUAGCCAUCUGUGACGGUAGCUUCACUAUCCCAGACAACUCUCGCUACUCCCAGGAAAUGCACUGUCUCAUCAGAUACAUGCUCGAACCUGAUCCAGAUAGGAGGCCAGACAUCUAUCAAGUAUCUUACUUUGCCUUUAAACUGGCCCGACGAGAAUGUCCAGUCCCAAAUGUACAUAAUUCAUCCAUUCCUGCAAAACUUCCAGAGCCUAUCAGAGCCAGUGAAGCUGUGGCCAAAAAGAGUCAAACCAAAGCAAGACUAACAGACCCCAUUCCUACCACGGAAACCUCAAUUGCACCCCGGCAACGGCCCAAGGCUGGCCAAGCUCAGCCCCAGCCAAUAUCAGGAAUUCUUCCUAUCCAGCCUGCUCUCACGCCACGCAAAAGGCCCAAUGUGGCCCCUGGAGCAGCUGUUGGUAUCGGUGUCCCACCUCCAGCUGCAGCUGCUGUCCAACCCGUCCAGCCGGCUUCUGCUGCACAGGCUGCACCACAGCAAGCUCAGACCCCCAACAUGCAGCCACAGGCUACACCGCAGCAUCAGCAGCUCCUCAUGAAGCAGCAGCAGGCCACAACCUUCUUAAGCCCCCAGAGUAACCAGCAGACCCUCCACCAUCACAAAACUGCUUCUCAGGCACCUACUCUCCUGCAGUCCAAAGCUAAGACUGUUCUUCCAGUUGUCCAUGAAUCAGCAGCUCUGCAUCUGACCCUCAUCUCUGAAUCUGCAGCCAUUGGUCCAGGAGCUGACCAAGAGUCAACAGGUCAUAACGUGCACAAAGUUGGCUCCUUGACACCCCCAUCCUCACCAAAGAUGGCCCCUAAGAGUGGCCACAGACGUAUCCUGAGUGAUGUCACUCACAGCGCUGUUUUUGGGGUCCCUGUGAGCAAGUCCACGCAGCUACUUCAAGCAGCCGCAGCUGAAGCCAGCCUCAACAAGUCCAAGUCAGCCAGCACUACUCCCUCUGGUUCCCCCUGUUCAUCCCAGCAAAGUGUGUAUCAUCCAGCGGAGGGUGAUGCGGCAGCAGCCCAUACUGCAACCAACAGUCAGCCCAGCUGGAACCCUUUUGGGGAUGAUAAUUUCUCUAAGCUAACAGCAGAGGAGCUGCUCAACAAAGACUUUGCAAAGCUUGCAGAGACUGCUACACCAGGAGAGAAGUUGACAGGCUCAAGUGAAAAUCUAAUUCCAGGGCUCCAAGCUUUUCCAGUUGAGAGAUCUGCUGACAUUCUGGGUGCAGGUUCAGCGUUGUUGACUGUCCCGGAUCCUUUUAAUACCCUCUCCCUCUCUGACACCCCAGAGAAGCUGAUUGAGGGACUGAAAUCCCCUGAACCCUCUUUACUGCUCCCUGACCUCUUAACCCUGGCUGACCCCUUCAAUAAUUCUGCAGACAGCUCCACCAAUGCAAAGGCAGAGGUGUGUGUGGACUCACUGAUUCCUGGUUUGGAAGCACCCCAGGCUCAGCGACAUGCAGGGCAGCCAGAGCUCAUCUCUGCCAGCAUACCAGACUCUCUCACUGGGGAUGACUCUCUGCUGGGCUGUGAUCUCUUAUCUCAUACUCCUUCUCAUGGAAACCAGUCUGUCUCUGCUCUACCUUCCUCCUGCUCCUCUGCUCCUCCUGGCUCUGGAUCCUGUCUGGAGGAGCUACCACCUGGUCAGACGGCAUCUGACUCUGCUUUCCUCAUCUCGUGUGGGGAGAAGGGCAAUGAUGACGAGUUUGACCCUAUUCCUGUGCUCAUCUCCAAAAACUCAAAUCAAGGUGGUCACUCGCGCAGCAACAGUGGCAGUUCAGAGUCCAGCAUCCCCAACUUGGCCCGCUCCCUUCUGCUGGUGGAUCAGCUCAUCGACCUCUAGAGGGGGUGGGAGAGGUCGAAGGGGCAGUGUGCAAUCCUAUCAAUCCUAACGGGGUGGGGGGAGGGGUAAAGAUGGGGGAAGCGGGGCACUUAAUGUAGCACCUUAUGAAGUGAAACAGAUGAGCCAGUAUAGAUUGGUUUAGUCCCUUUUUGUGCCUCCUUGGCCUCAACUCCAUCUCUAGUUGCCUGAUCAGCUGGUUUCAUUUUCGUCUGCUGGCUUUUAACAUUCCCAUGCUGUUUAAGAAAAAGAGAAAAGAAAAAAAAAAAAAAAAACAUCGAUGCCUGAACAUAUCGUCUGCUUCUGUCCCAGCUACACCAUGGUCUCAUGCUUUUCUCAUACUUGCAUUGAUAUCCCCCGUCGCGUGCACUACCAUGGUGACUGUCACGCACAUUUGAAGCUGCUUGACCACAGCUGCAUUGUGUUCACUUUGUGUAUCUGUUCAGGGUUGAAGCUUUAUUGAAAUAAGCCACUGUUAGGCAUGCUCAUUUGUGUCAGGGGUCUGACCUACGAGUGAGACGUGAAAAGAAAUCUGUGGACCUACUAGAUAAUUUGAUGCACUUUCUUAUUUAUGAAAGCUUUGAACAUGUAAUAUCAGCAAACGUUGGCUCUGAGUGAUCCUUCGAGGGCUGUUUGCACUGAUCAGACCAACAUAAACCAAGACUGACCAGUACAAACAUAUACGUAACCUAGUCUAGAGUAGGAUUUUGAGUUGUGCUAGAGGAACUGGCUGUUUUUCAGAUUUGUGUGGAGGAAAUCACAGUGGAUACAUAAGAUCUGCGCUGCUUUAGAAAGUCUUAUCAAUGUUUUCCUCCUCUGAGAAAGAGAAGUAAUCCUGUUUCUAACUGACAUGUGCAGUUGUUUUUUUAUCAGUUCAUCUACGUGCAUGGUAUUCUUUUACGUGUAAAUCUGAAAUUGUAACAGAAAAUCCCUUAACUGGUGCAGGAUUUUAUUUGUGUUGGAUUAUCUUCAUCUGUGUUCAGACUAUUUUUGGUAUGUUUGCGAUUUAUUUUACACCUUUUUGCUUGUAGGUUCAUGAACCUACUUUCAUAUCUUGAACCUUCUGUCAAGAAAAGCACAGCAGAAACAAAAGUGAAUGAAAUUAUGUGACCUGUAGCUGUGCCUAAGAUAAGGGAUAUAUUUUAUUAUUAUGUUGUUUGCCACGUGUCGGCCUGCUCAGUGAAGAUAAGUCGUACACCACUGUUUGAAAGAGGGGAUCUCACUAUAAAUUUUCCCCCUGUGUCUGUGGACUGACUUUACAAAGCUUUACAAUGAAUCAUUUUGUUGUGAACAAGUGUGGCACACAUUCUCCCUUUCCCACUGGCAUCCUCUGUCUUAUCAAGUUAACCCAUUCCUACUGCAUACCUUUAGGCCAAUGUGACAUUCAUUUCAGGCCGAGGAAACACUCCUUUCUCUGUACAUAAAAUCACUGUUAGGAUUCCCUCAUUUUGCUUUCGUCUGCAAUUGUAAAAGUAGAUUUUUCGUGUGUGAUAUAUAAAGGCAUUUCAUCUAUCAUGGUAUGAGUAAAUGUGACUAUUGAUAGUGCUUUAGACUGAAUGUAUGAACUGAGUAUUAUUGUGAAAUAUGUAAAAUUUAUAAGAUUAUAUAGAUGAAAUAAUAUUUGUGUAUGAAGCUGUAUUUAAGAGUGCUAAGAUGUUCACCUUUGUUGUGUUUAAAGUCCUUUUGUCGAAUCUUUCCAUUCAUCUCAAGCUUUCACAUAGUCUAGUGCUUUUGCCAUCAGUGUCACAUUAAACUACAUGAAACUAAGUGCUUAUUACUAACCUGACUAGGGCAGACGUUCACAACUGGGAUAGAUUUCACCCUCGUCAAACUCAAACCAGAGCUCAUGACGGAGUUUACCUCCUGAUAUCUCUACAGCACCUUCCUCCUCUGAUAAGUGUUGUGCACAGAGUCCACAGCUGCUACAACUGGCUUCGCAUUAUGUUUUUAAUGAAAAAAUCUCAUUUAGUAUUACCUCUGUAUUUGGGUUGCCGCUAACCAGGGAAAAAUCCAUUUCAUAGGUGUGCUGUAAAUCUGUUCAGACAUAUCAUCUCAGAUGCUGUAUAUAAAGUACUGCCAGUCCAGUCAUAUACAUACAGAGCAGUGUUAUCUGAAAAUGUCUCCAUUAUUACAAAUAAAACUUUUUUUUAAUCUAAUGCACAAAACAAAACUGCACAUUUCCAUUAUGCCACCACAUGGUAAUUCCUAAACAUUUCUCUUUUUUGUUCUUAAUUUGAUCCUCCAAGUACUGCAUACUGUAAAAAAAAAUAUAGCCUGUAGACAUCAAUAAUACUGUAAGAAUUAGUCUGGGUAAAUAAAUCUGCUUUUUUUUCAUUCUCCAUCUAAUAUUUGGUUAAAUUGUUUGCUAUUUUGUGGUUAAUCUAUGCAAUUCUCCGAUGAUGCUUAAUGUUCUUACCAGACACUACAGUGCUAUAUCCUGUAGGGUUCUAGCCUUGGCCGUAGAGUUUUACUUGUGUGUUGCUGUGUGAAACCAUUUUAAUUAUUGUGCUGGUUGGGUUGAAAUGGUGACAGGUUUAACAAUGAACUUUGAUUAUAUCAAAAUUGUUGACACGAGUUGGGCAGCAGAUGUCAAAUCAUUAUCGAGUGUGUACUUAUAUUUUUAUGAAUUAAGGUUAAAAAGUGAUACAAUGAAUAAAACUCAUAAAUGUGAAUGUAA